AUGACUGUGCCGGCCGGUCAGCAAAUCCUGAACAUCAUCAAUGGAGGCAGUUUAGUGAAUAGUCGUUUCUUCCGGAGCAGUCUAUGCACAACUUUUGGUUGGUUUGAGAAAAGAAGGGCUGAUGGCACGCCUUUGCCAAAAACAGUCCGCACACUCUUGGGGAACGAUUUUCCAUCUAUAUUGCCAAAGACACCCAUGGCCAAUGCCCAGAUUAUGGACAAGUUACUGAGCGGUCCUGGAGAGCAGCCGAACAUUGCCGCAGUGAUCCGUAAGUGUGUUGUACGCACGAACGCCAUCGCAUUUUUCGGGGAGGAACUCGCCAACGAGAAGAAGUUUAUGAAUGCCGCGGAUGACUUUAUCAACAACACUGUAUACAUCACGAAGAGUGCCAGACUUCUUCCUGGUUUUCUUAGCCGGCCGGUGCUGAAGCUUUUGGAAGCUUACUUUUUGUCUCAGCACAUCAUGUUCGAUGUGGAGGCUGUGACGCAGCAGAGGAUCGAUGAAUGUCGAAUUGCGGUGGAUGAAGGGUCUACCGCACCCGAUCACGUCAGCAUGCGCAGAAUGGCCUAUCUUUUCAUUUUCUUCUCGUUCAACUUCAAGGCAUUCUAA